AUGGAAGUCGAAAUUGAUCAACAAGCUAAUCCAGUCGCCAACUCUCAUCAUCGCAAGAUCGAACUACAAUCACCACUCGACCUUGCAUACCUCCAAGCCAAUCUCUCCAAAUCCGCGCGCCAGAAACUUGACCUUCAUUUCCCACCGUCCGCCUACAUUGACAGUCAAGUUGCAUCUGCACCGCCCGCCACGGUCAUCUCUCUCGAUGGCAUCAAAGGUGCCGACCUUGUUAACGCGCAAGACACCUCAACCGCGGCUACUGGCCCCGGCGAUGAAGCGGACAAAGACCCUUUGCGCGCGCGCGUGAGAGAACUCGUCGACGCGUUUAUGGCUCGCACCUGGGAGGGCGCCGCGAAGAAUAUCACUGUGAACGGAUUGGACGUGACGUUACCACAGCCUGCGACAAGUCAGUUGAAUCAGGCGGACUCGGAGCCCAAAGCACCCGAGGAGGAGAAAGAAGGCGUGGAUUUUGUCUACGAAGCCUACGACAGUCAUCUACAAUUCAAACUUGCCGGUCUCUACGGGGAGCUCGAGGGUUUGACCGCACAGGUCAGCCGACUAAGGAGGACGACGCCGAAACAGGGUGCCGGCGCGUUUCAGGAAGCGUUGGCUGCGGAUAUCGCGAGUGACGACGCAGCGUUCGAAGCACAGAUGUCUGCGAUCCGUGAGAGGGCAGCAACGGCUGAUCAGAACCCACUGGGACUGAGGGCGCAGAGAGAUGGUUGGGACGACGAUGUCAAGGUGAUGUAUGAACGAGGCACGAAUGGACUGGCUGGUCUUGCCGGGCUAGGAACAGCCAGUACCAAUGAUACUUCGGCCGGGACUUCGAUUGCAAAUGGUGCCAGUCUCACCGAGACCGUGGGCAAAGUCCAACGUGCCAGGAAUGUGGCCAUGGAAUUCGAAUGA